AUGGAAAAGUUGAGUUCUGAUCAAAAACAGCUGGACGAGAGUGUCAAAAUAUUCGAUUAUAGCAGGAGAGUGUCUAAAGCCGUAGGAUUGUGGCCUUUAGCUUCAAAUGAUUACAUUUUUACUUUCUCGUAUUGUUAUUUCACAGUGAUAAUGAUUUUUGAGUGGAUGGAUUUGUACUACUCGCUGGAUGAUCUCAACGAUGUACUCGACAACCUCACAGAAAACUUAUCGUACACCCAAAUUUACAUCCGUGGUAUUAUAUUGAGAAUCCACAUGAACAGACUGAAGAAAAUAAUUAAAAAUACAAUCGGUGAUUUUAAUAUAAAUAGCUUCAAAAAUCCAUCGGAGAUAAAAAUAUUUAUGACUUACAUAAAAAAGGGUCGAUUUUUCGUCAAGUCAAUAAUUUCUUUCAUGGCGAUGACUGUAAUUACUUGGUACUUCCAGCCUUUGACAACCCCAGCUCCUGUCGCCAGUGAUAAUGAGACGAUAAUGUUCUUUUUGCCUUAUCGCUGUCACAUAAUUUUUGAAAUAAAUGAUUCAAAAUCUUACAUGCUGACUUACAUUGCCUUUGCGCCUUACACAUGGAUCCACGGAUGCAGCCACGCAUCAGUCGAGUGUUUCCUCAUCACUCUUGUUUAUUAUUUGCGAGGAAGACUAGUUAUCUUAGCGGGCAGAAUCGACAGACUUAGUGGAAUGGAAACACUUGAGUGGAAAAAUGAUUUUCAAGACAUCAUUGUGGAACACAUUAGAUUGCUCAAAUUAGGAAACAAUGUCAUCGAUAUCUACAGCACGUCGUUGAUGGUUUAUAUGAUUUGUACAACCAUCUGCAUUUGCGUUAUUGGCUAUAAAAUACUGGUGAACUGCAUGACCGGACCAGAUGCGGAUUUAGUCCAAUUUUUUAUAUAUGUAUUUGCGGUGUACCUCAUAAUGGCGGUAUUUUGUUUCAUCAGCGAGCAGCUCAUGUCUGAGUGUGAUGAAGUUAGUGAAGCUUUUUGGAAUUGUGAAUGGUACCGAAUGCCGCCAAAGACUGUUGUUAAUGUCAUGUUCUGUAUCCAAAGAUCUCAACAACCACUUACGCUGAAAAUUGGAAAAUUUGCACACUUUGGCAACAAUAUGCUGACAGUUGUCACCAAAACAGCUAUGGGAUACUUAAGUGUCUUACGUAACUUUUUAGUAAUUGACUAA